UGCGGAUAUGUUCUAACAUCCAACAUGGCUACCUGAUAUGUAGCAGACGAUAUAGGUGCCAUGAAAAAUUGUAAAUAAAAUUCAUUUUUAGCUUUAAUUAUGAGUGGACGUGUACAAAAGGAAUGUGAUGAUGAUUCUGAUCGUGUUGACGAUGCGGUGGAUCCUAGAGUACAGAUUGAACUUGAAAGAUUGAACACAGCUACUGAUGAUAUCAAUAAACUUGAAGUCGAUUUGGAUGAAGCAAGGGCCACAUUCAGGGAGUUAUUGUGUGAAUCUACUAUUAAAAUUGAUUCUCUGGCUAAGAAACUUGGAGCCUGUAUUGAAAAAUCUAGACCUUAUUAUGAUGCUAGAUUUAAAGCAAAAGAAGCUUUACAAGAGACACAAAAGGCUGCAAUUAGAUUUGAAAGAGCCAAUAGUCAACAUGCAGCUGCCAAAGAGAUGGUAUAUUUAGCCGAAGAGGGAUUAAGAACAGAAGGGAGAUGUUUUGAUCAUGCGUGGCAGGAAAUGUUAAAUCAUGCAACAGCUAGAGUUAAUGAGUCAGAACAUGAACGAGCUCUUUCUGAGGCAGAACAUAGGCAUACGACUGCGUUGUACCAUAAAGCAGAACAUGAAGUCCAAAGAUUACAACGAGAAUUGAAACGUGCUAUUGCCAAGUCAAGUAUGGGUGCACGUCGCAGCUUGCUUCUGAUAAACAGUAUCGCCUACAGGCACAACUUGCUCAUGUUGCCUUAUUAUGAAAUGAAAGCACAUUUCAAUCAAAUGUUGGAAGAACAAAAGAUGAAAGUUAGUGUAUUGGAGAGGUCAGUUGGUGAUGCUAAAAUGACAUAUGCAGAAGCUUUGAGAAAUUUGGAACGUAUUAGCGAUGAGAUACAUAGAACAAGGCAAUGUGAUACUGCAGAUGAUUAUGGAAAACAUAUAAGAGAUGGUACAGAUCCUUCUUCUAUACAGACAAAUACAGCUACUCCAACUGACUCAAGUGUAACCGGUUCACCGGAUAGUACAGAUUAUACUAGUGAUGAAUAUUUACGUCUCCCUGAUAGAAUGAGUCCAAGUACUCCUUGUCUUGUGCCUACCAAAAUUGAGAGGAAUCCAUCUUCUGAAUAUUUGGGCCUAAAUAAUAUGAAUCUUUCAACUACAGAACCUCGAAAAUAUAUAAAGCGAGACCGUCCGCGAAGCAUCGCCACAACUGACACGAAACAUAUCGUACAAUUAAAUCAUACAAGUUCUUCUACAUCUCGUCUAUCUGAUCUUUCUAGCAUUAUAUCUCCUAUUGAAAAGAAGGUUAAGAUUCAAUCACCUGUGCGCGAUGAGAAAAAUUCUGUAACACAGAAUGGCGAAGAAUGGACAGAAAUUAGUUUAAACAAUUCUCCGGAUGAAAUUUAUUACAACAACGACAUCUAUUCCGAUGAAGAAGAUCAAAUUCCUUAUAAACCUUUACCAAUGGAUUUGAGCCCUGAAAAUAUCAAGCUUCCAAUUCUUCCAGUGAAUAUUCAAGCAUUACAUAAUGAUCAAAAUAAUCGGAAACGAUUAGUUUCACAGAAAUCAUUACCUUUGAUGACGCGAACGAAUGAAGUUAGUUUAAGUGAAGAAAAGAGGGCAGAAGUCACACGAAGUCCAUCAAUAAGAAGUAAGGGUAAACUGGAUAGUAGUUUAUCUAAUUGGAUUACUCGAAGUUCUGCUGCCAAUGAAAUGAGUGAUGGUAGUUCUGCUAAUUCAAGCAGAAGGCAAUCUUUGGAUAUGUUAUGGGGUGGAGGAACAGGAGAACGAGUCAAAGAAUUAUUAAAUCAUGGAAUGAUGAUGCUAAACAUAUCUGGUCUAACAGAACGGCGUUCUAGUGAACCAAAAACAAGUGAAAGAGAUAAGGAAAAAUUUGAAAAAUUAGAAUCGAAAGGAAAGAAAGUUCCAAGUCCUCUAGAAAAAACUAUGACUUAUCUCAAUGCAGAUGAAGAAACUUCAGACAGUGAAAGUUUAGCCAGUGUGGAGAUGUUAACAGAAGAUCAAAUAUCAUCUCUUAUGAUGGAACCUGAUAUGAAUCAAGUUUGUCAAGAGAUUCUAGGUACACCAUUAGUAGAAGUCUGUCCUUUAUUACAACAGCUUCAGCAACAACAGUAACUUUCUUUUCCUUAUUAAUAUUGACCUUAUUUUAGCAAAAAAGAAAAGUGUUCAAAAUUUGAAUAACGUUAUAUAAUAUCAAAGCAGUA